AUGAACAUUGCUAAUACCAAGUAUACAGACGAGGAAGCUCUCCAAACAGCCGCCAAUGGCGGCUCCAUAGAUCUGCAGAGAUGGAACGGCAUGGCUGUGCCGCUGAUGGAGCGACUAGAAUACAUCGUCUACAAUGUGUUCCCUAUGCCUCAAGCGCGCCCCGAGCUCAUCGGCCAGCAAUCAAUCCCCAACCCAUCUUCUCAGGAAAAUUCUAUCCCAUCCGAAAGCAGCAAUAAGGAGAACGCCGCCCCAGAGCUUCUAACAUCACCCCAGGCGGCGCGAACUGGCUCUCCCCAGUCGAGCGAACAAGUGCCAGACUCACAGCCCCAGCCAUCUGGCACGAGCACGGACAGCAGGCUCCCACCUCCGCUUGCAUUUCUUCUAAGCGCCAUCCGCUCUUCGAUUAAUUCCUUCUUCCAGGAGAAGCCCCCGCACACCAUUCAGAGACUCGCAGAGCUGGUACUCUACCCGACUAAGCAUUACAGAACUUUACCCGCAUAUCUACGUGCUGUCGAUCGUGUCGUUUCGGUAACAAGCUCCGCAGACAUUUUCCCAUUCCGGACACCUGCUGCUGCAAACGCACAGUCUAACGGACUGGUCCACCCGGGCAACAGCAGCGGGGUUUAUAUGGUUCCGGACCAUGCGCACGGUCUUGGAAGUGAUGAAUCUCUAGGCGGUGCAUUACUCACUCCUAUCCCGUGGUUGAAUAAUGCGUCAUUCGAAAGCGAGGAUCCAAAUGGAGAUGCGGACGUGUUGAUUGAAGGCACCGGAGAAGCUUUAACUACACAGCCUGAGGAGAUAUCAGGAACAGCCACCGCGGUACCCGCUGAAAGCGGAGAUGGGCCUGCUACCGCAUCACCAGAGCCAUCUGAUGAGGUCCCUCACGCCCGUGGUCCAACCCUACUCGGCGUGGAAGAUAUGGGCCUGCAAGACGGAAAAGGUGUGGAGAUGAGCCUCGGUACAGACGGUGCCGCCGAUGUCCCAGCUGCAGUUGCUUCUACCCCUGGAUCAGAGGAAACGGAAAAGAAGGAAUCAACUACUGACAAGGACGGCGAUAUUGUUCUCGGGGACACCAAACCGAAAGAAGGAGAAGAAGCCAAGACUGAGGGGACUUCUACAGAGCCCCAAGGGAGCAACACAGAGACUGAACCGACUGGUGAUUCAUCCCAAGCGCCGGACGCCGAUAAGAAAGCAUAA